AUGACACAAACUAAUCAAAUUUAUACUAUUCAACCAUUAAAUGAAUCUCAAAUAUCCAUCAUCAAAUCAACCAUUCCUAUCUUAGAACAAGCAGGAGAAAAACUCACCGCUAAAUUCUAUGCAAACAUGUUAGAAAGAAAUCCUGAAGUUAAAGUAUUCUUCAAUAUUAAUGAUCAAAAAACUUUAAGACAACCUAAAAUCUUAGCAUUUGCAUUAUUGAAUUAUGCUAAACAUAUUGAAGAUUUAUCUCCCUUAACUUCAUUCGUCAAACAAAUCGUGGUUAAACAUGUUGGAUUACAAGUUAAAGCGCAAGAUUAUCCGAUUGUUGGUUUAAAUUUAAUCGCUACUAUGGGAGAAUUAUUAGGAUCUCAAAUCGCUACUCCUGAAUUUGUUGAAGCUUGGAGUAUCGCUUAUGGAAAUUUAGCCCAAACUUUAAUUAAUUUAGAAUAUGAACAAUAUGAUCAUGCUAAAUGGGACGGAUUUAAAUCAUUCAUCAUUACCCAUAUAGUUAAGGAAGCGGAGAAUGUUAAAUCAAUUUAUUUCAAACCUAAAGAUGGUGAUAUUGAUAUCCCUAUUAGAGGUCAAUAUGUUUGUAUUAGAUGGAAUUUAAAACCUUAUGAUCAUUUAAUCAGUAGAGAAUAUUCAUUAUCGGAAUUCCCUACUAAUGGACAAUAUCGAAUUUCAGUAAGAUUGAUUCCCGAUGGAUUGGUUUCAUCCUAUAUUCAUCAUGAUUUGAAAAUUGGGGAUGAAAUAUUAGUUGCUCCUCCUGCUGGUAAUUUCACCUACAAUGAAGAAGAAGCAUCUUCUUCUAAUGAUUUAGUAUUAAUUAUUGGUGGAAUUGGAAUCACACCUAUUAUUUCCUUCCUACCAUUAGCUUUGAAACAAGGAAAGAAUAUCACUUUAUUAUAUUCCAAUAAAUCAACUCAACAAAGACCAUUCACUUCAUUGUUCCAAGAUUUACACAAUCAAUAUCCAACUCAAUUCAAAAUCAUUGAAUAUUUCUCUCAACAAUCAGUCACUCCAUCUGAUAAAGAUAUCAUUGAUAAAUAUCAUUUACAAAGAUUAUCUCUCUCCGAUUUAGAUUUCAUUACUAAACAUCAAACCGUCUACUUAUUAGGUCCAAGACCAUAUAUGAAAUCUAUUCGUCAACAUUUAUCUACGAGAGGAGUAAUUGAUAAUGUUAAAUUUGAAUAUUUUGGUCCUCUUGAUGUGGAAGUUUAG